CACCCGUUCUUCGUGCCCCGUCCCCGUCCAGUUCGGUCGACACGAAAUACGGGCCGGACGAGACGUCGCUCUCGGACACCGGACUUGAGCAGGACGCAUUCGAGCAGAAAGUCGAGGACCAGCUGCACCCUCAGCCUCCGCCCACGGCAGAUCCCAAUGCGUGGGCCCCGCGGCUGCCCCGCCCAAAGACGGCCGUGGAAGAGAGACUAUAUACGAGUGGGUCAUGAGAGAUCUCCGCAAGAGGGUCGCCCAGCUGGAAGAGGACGAGCUCGUCGAACAGACCAUGCUCCGCGGGACGCAGAUCGGCGAGGAGCAGCUACCCUCCUCCAAUGAUAUCAACGCCAUCCUGCAGAGCCUUAUGGGAUCGGGCUCUGGCUCCCGCCAAUCUACCCCGGCCCAGCCCACCAUACAGCCAGAUCUCACGUAUCCUUGGGGCGCGAAUUUUGGACAGGCCGCGCACACCGAACUGGGUGGCACAGAUUCGACUGCAACCGCAAUGGAGAAACGGAUGGCAAGGACAAGAACUCUAAGGUAGCGGUUAUUGUGUAUGAUAUAAUGAUACAUAUAGCAUCGACUGUGGACCUGUACAAAACGAUCGCAAUCCGCGGCGCAUAAAUACC